AUGAAGGAAAAUCUCGUACGAAUGUACGAAGAGUUGCCAACAUGGGGUAAAGCAAUUUUUGCUGGAGGUGCAGUUAUUGCCAUAUAUAUACCUUUCCGUUAUUUUACCACAAGACCCAGAAAGUCACCGAUUAAGGAAGAUUAUGAGAAAGAUGUGGUAUAUCUUUAUCAGUUUCCUCGUGUAAAAUAUGUCCCAUCUUUUUCUCCUUUCUGCCUGAAGCUCGAAACGUGGUUACGUAUGGCCGAUAUCAAAUAUGAGAACGUUAACUGUGGUUUCUUUGUUCGUUCUUGCGAAGGUACAUUGCCGUUCCUUGAGUACAAUGGUCGCGAAUAUCCGGACUCGUCGUUGGCAAUUCGUGAUAUGACUGAGAUCCAUUCAAAAGAAUCCAUGGAGAAUCACCUGACUGACGAACAACGCUGUACAGCACGCGCAUUUGAAAAGCUUGCAGAAUGUUCGCUGUUUCCAACAAUCGCCCUGUUUCGUUUCACAGAGUUUACUGACGAUUUCCUGAAUCAAAUGCCCGACAGCUACUUUGGUUUUCUCACUGUGUUUGUCAAGCAGAUUGUAAAAUCAUUUGAAGCGAACCAAAUCAGAACUGCGAUGAAAUACGUGGGUAUUGGUAAACAUAGUCGAGAUGAGGUGAUUAAUAUUGCUGCUGACGAUCUUCGGGCAAUUUCACGUUAUCUUGGCACAAAACAUUAUUUUCUCGGUUUCAAACCUUCCAGGGUGGAUGCAACACUUUUCGGAGUUCUAGCCCAAAUUGUUUAUGUUCCAUAUGAUCUGCCGCAAAAAAGACUUAUCGAGAAUGAAUUGACGAAUUUGAAGGAGUAUUGCGAACGAAUGAAACAACGUUUUUGGCCAGACUGGGAGGAAUGCACAACGAAGUUUUCUUUGAAAACAAAUUACAAGAAAUAG